CCUUUCCUAUACUGAAAGACAUUGCGUGGGACGGUCCCACUGAAGGAUGCUGCGCAUGGAUGAUAGUUCCGUAAGACAAGCAACUAAGCUAAAUGGACCGAAGAGUAAAUCAUAUUGCUAUUUUUAAGCGAUUGCAUGAAAGCGCACCCUGAGGGAGGAAAGAGGUGGGGGCGUCCUAUUGGCUUCAAGUACGUGUUGGCGCGCAUGCGAGGAGACAGUUUGUCUUUUUUUUUAGCUUAAAAAUCCCCUCUUUGUUUAGUUUAGCCGAAUUAUCGACGUGAAGCCCCCUCCAUGUACAAGGAUGCACCUCUCCUCCAGGAGCAGCGGAGUGGAAGCAGCCAGCGCGCGCAUCAGCUGGGACGCACGGAGCUCACACUUGCUUCACAUAGGAGGGGGAUCCUCCAUCCUUCUGUCUGCCCUGCUUGUUAACCAGCUUCUUCACACUACAGUUAUUCUUACGAGGUGGAACUGAUUGACGCGUGGAUCAUUUUACAAGCACUGUUGUAGCCAAAACCUUUAUUUUUUUUUUGAAUUGACAAAAAAAAGCUUCCUAUAAAGGAGAAAAUCAUCUGCAAGGAUGUCCGGAGGACUUUUGACCAUCUACAUAGGCAUGGAGGUGGUGAUCGCGGUGGCGUCUGUCAUCGGCAAUGUGAUGGUGGUGUGGGCGGUGAAAAUCAACAAAUCCCUGCGGGACACCACCUUUUGUUUCAUCGUCUCUUUGGCUUUGGCAGACAUAGCGGUGGGAGCGCUGGUCAUCCCUCUGGCCAUCACCAUUAGCAUCGGACUCCAAACUCACUUCUAUAGCUGCCUGCUGGUGGCCUGCACGGUGCUGGUGCUCACCCAAAGUUCCAUUUUGGCGCUGCUGGCCAUCGCCAUUGACCGCUAUCUAAGGGUCAAGAUCCCAACCAGGUACAAGCGUGUGGUGACACCUCGGCGAGCCGGGAUGGCAGUAGUGGCGUGCUGGACAGUAGCUUUUGUCGUGGGCCUCACCCCCAUGUUGGGCUGGAACAACCUGAGGCGUCUCCAACGGAACAGCUCCAUCAGCUCUGACCUUGUCAUCACUUGCCAGUUUGAGAACGUCAUAAGCAUGGACUAUAUGGUUUAUUUCAACUUUUUCGGCUGGGUGCUGCCGCCCCUCUUGCUCAUGCUGGUCAUUUAUGCAGAGAUCUUCUACAUGAUCCACAAGCAGCUCAAUAGUAAAAAGUUUACAGCCAGCCACACUGACCCCAACAAGUACUACGACAAGGAGCUCAAUCUUGCUAAAUCAUUGGCUCUGGUCCUUUUUCUCUUUGCCAUCAGCUGGCUCCCCCUGCACAUCAUCAACUGCAUCACACUCUUCUGUCCUGAGUGCCAGAAGCCCAUCAUCCUCAUCUACAUUGCCAUCCUGCUCACCCACGGCAACUCUGCCGUCAAUCCGAUUGUUUACGCCUUCCGCAUCAAGAAGUUCCGCACAGCCUUCCGUAAAAUCUGGCAGCAGUAUUUUUGCUGCAAGGACACCCCUGCUCUGGAGAUCCAGCCUAGUGACAGGAAGGAGAUGCCAAAUCCAGAGCCACAGAGGUCCACACCUGCACAGCUCCCUUGGAAGGGGAGCAAGACAGCCGACACCCAACACCUCUCACCUCAAGCUGGGGAGUCCCUGGACCAGAGGACUGAAACUCUGCAGAUGAAAGAACACCCCCAUUUAUUGGAGCAGAAUGCAAUUUAAAGCAAGGAGCUGAAAGCAGUCUGGGGAUUAUAGCACAAGAACUAUCUCUUCUCAUUGUGAAUGUACAGUAGAUCCCCGCUUUUCGCGGGGGUUUUGCUCCUAGCCUGCUUGCGAAUGGUGAAAAUCUGCAAGUGAUUGCUACGCCCAUAAAAUCUCUAUUUUUGACACAAGGCUCGCUUCUACCCCUCCAAACCCUCCUGCUAGCUUGAUAUUUACGUUCUCCUGCGAUUUUGGAUCAACAACAGUAAAAGUGACUAAAUGCUAAAAUGCACAAUGCAUUUUAAAUUAUAAAAUGUAUAGAUGAAUGACAACGAUGAUUGGAGAUGAAUCGGAGUUAGGGACUAAUACAACAGCCACACUUCUAUUGUGGGGCCGCCUCCACCUCUGAAGCGGCUAGCUGUAGUGCGAGGCUCCGCUGCUCUGCAGGCAGCUGGGUUGUCCCUGAGUUGUAGCUGUCAGAGAAGGCGUUUCUCCAAGCUGUGUUAACAUAAUCCACACUGCUUGCCUGUUGCAAUUGCCAGUAAUGAUUUACCAUUAUAUGUUAACUUAUGUUCACCUUAAUGCAAGGUUUUAGGCCGGAUUGUUAUAUAUGUUUCACUUUUGCGUAUCAGAGCAAAAAUGGUGCAUUCAAGGGCGGUUGAACAAAUUGAAAAACCUCAACAUUUGAUGGAAAAACAUUACAAGUGAAGCUUAAAGACAUAAACAUGUAAAAAUGGUGGGCUUUUUUUAACUGUGGUACAUGGUUGGUGUACAUUUGACCUGUUUUAUCAUGUAUUUAGAAAUUAUUAUCAAAUUAGAAUGAAUGAGUCUAUUUUCAGAGAAAAAAAACAAAUUUUGACCAAAAAACUGCAAAUUUGCGGGGAUUCACUGUAUUCUAAUGAGGAGCAGGACUUCCAAUCAAGUGCUUGUGGAUGCUAAGAUGAACAACAUCAACAGGAAGAUUCACCUUUACUCAGGAGGAGUCAGUAAUACAGGAAAUCUGCGCUGGAAUUAACUUGCAAUAAUUUAUUAUACCUUUAUGACAGUGACUUAGUGUCUGUUUUCGUGUGAGAUUCGGUUAAAGAAGUCCCAGGGGUUUUCUUACUCCCAUGCUCAUAGAACAGCCGAAAGGGUAUGUGGUUUAAAAUGAAUAACUCAAUAACCUACAAUUACCCACCUUUGUUUUGUAAACACAGCUAUUACCUGCUAGAUUAGCGGUUCACAGAUGAUGACUCUGAUUCUCUGAACACAUUAGGAUAUUAGUUCAAAACUAAUCUAGCCACUUGGCUGUUUUGGGGGCAUGAAAGUUAGAAAAGCCAAAUGGCUGGGCUGUGGGACUUCUAGUGUUAAGCUGUAAGAUGUUUGGUGCAGAAGUUGGUGUAAAAUGUGCUAGUUAAAUUAUUGUGGUUGGUCAGUACCAAUGUCAGAUUUAUACAUGACUUGAAUGAAGAUUAACACAAUCACCAGGGAAGGAUCCUCUACUCUCUAAAGCUGGGCAUACACGGAGCCAAGUGAACCACUUUUGGGCUAAUUUUAAGUCUCGUUGGGCAUUAUCAGUCAUGCGGUGUAAAAAGUGGGUACCAGAAGUGGCUGCCAUCUCCCAAGCAGUCAUAUGAUAAUUGGGUACAUUCUGGCUUGUCAGAUAAUUCUAAUUUACAAAUUUUUUUGCAAACUCUGAGACCUUUUCCGUUAGUGCGCCUGCACAAAGUGGAUGAACAGCCAGCCAAAGUCAUGUUCUGAAGAUUGUUAUUGCAUGUAUACAUGCUUUCUUUGAAUGAAGGCGCACACGAUGACAAGAAGCACGUUGCUUCUCAGUUGCUGUUGCUGUUAGCAUUAGCAUCGAGCAAUUAUGUAAAAAAAAAGCAUAAAAGCAUACAAUAUAAUAGCAAUACAGAUAAAAUAUUACAGAUGAAUCAUAGAUAAUGAUAGAGUAAGUAAUACAGACAUCAUUAAAGUUUUAUAUUCACUCGACAAAUGGUCAAUGACUUAUACAAAAUUAUUCCCACCCAUGACCCUGCAGAAACGUUUUGCUCGAUGGUGCUCGUGUUUUUCAACCAGUUUUGUUCAAAUUUUUGUGGGUGUUUGUAGAGCGCACAGAAAACACAGUAGGGGUGCAUGUAUUGACAAAGACACACUUUUUGUCUGAAUAUGUUUCGGAGUAGAAGAGUUAGCGUACACCAGUGCUUUUCAAAAAGUGGAGGGGUGUGACAGUCAGGGAGGACUUUCAAUAUCAGCGCAGAUCUACCAACAUGUAUGAAUGUGUCUCUUGAAUUUGACUCUUGAAUACACUUUUCCGUCCCUGCUCUCCAUUUGUUGUAUGAUUUGUUAUUUGUUGCAUUUCGCUGGUUUCAGUUUCAAGUUCAGUCUGUACAGUACAGAUAAAUAAAUAGAUAUCAGUUUCUCAAUAGUAUUUCAAAUCCGGGGCGCAAAAACACUUCUGUCCCCCAGUGGGGGAAUUGCAGAAAAUAAUUGAGAACCACUGGUGUACACAAACAAAGUCCUAAUAUGCACAAGACUGUAUAUCUGAAGCAUUCCUGAAUUGUUUUGACAAUUGACAACUGUUUGAAAAACAUGCUACUCACACCCAAAGAAUCCCCAAUGGAACAGCAACAGCUAGAACAUACAGCGUGAACACUUGAAUUGUCAGUUUUGAUUUUUUUCUUGCAGGCAAGUGUGAGUUGGAAUUUAAAAACAACACUUCUAAAAUCAUACAGUGUGCAUCCAUCAUAUUACUGUUUCGAUGUGUUGACAGCAGCUCAAGAAAAUGAAUGUAAUAUUAAUGUAAAUACUAGAUGAGGGCAGAACAGCUGUGAACUUCUUCAGGGUCUUAACCGCACAAUGGUGACGUACAAGUGGCGCUGGGGGGAAUAUUUUUGCACAAAAGUGUGUAUGUGCUGACAACAACUGUUUUUGUAAUCCCUUAACUCGUCUUCCCUCUGUAAUCCAGCAGUGCUGACACCAGAAAUGAACAUGUUGGGAUGAGACGGGGGGCAUUUUAAGGCAAAUACGUGCUUUUAACCUUUAAGAGACUGCGUGCGGAAGACUUGCAAUGAUGGGAUGGCAUCUAAUCUUUGGGGAGAAGGAAAAGAUGCACUUAAAGCUCCAUCCCCUGGUCAAUGUGCUCUAGAGAUGAAAGUGAGGACUUCCUACUCCCCCCCCUUCUUGGAUGGAUGAUGACUUAAUCCCAACCAACUACUAGAGGCAUUGGCUCCUAUGGCCUUAUUCACUUUUACCUGCUUUGGACUUAUUUAACUGUCUCAGAAGGUACACUACACGGACAAAAGUAUUGGGACAAUUCCACGUACAGUAAAUGAAAAUAAAGUCGGUGCUUAUUUUGUGGCUAUAAUAUGUGGCAGCUUCUACUGCUCUCUUCUCGGACUUUCCACAAGAUGUUGGAAUGUGUCUCUGGGCAUUUUUGUCCAGGUGAGGUCAGACGUCACUGAUGUUGCACCCGAGGGAGGGGCCUGCCUGCGCUUGUGCACUGGGGGACAGUCCCCCAAAAUGUUCCUAUACCAUUUUCCAAAAGAUUACGACCCGUUUAAUUAAAUUAAAGGCUGCGUCUUAAGACUUCUGUCCAAACAGUGUAACCUGAUGAUUGUGUGAGUGUUUCUUUACUACACUGUAAGCUCAAUAUUUUGCAUAAUGAUAAACUGGGACAUUUGUAGCUCAGUUAUUAAAGU